GAAACUCGCAUGGACAUGUCGGAGACGAAUGAUGUGCUGGUGGAGUUUGACAAAGCCGGCUACAACAGCACGGUCUGCCCAGCUGGAGCUGAGUCGGCACAUCUCACUUCGAAGGCAGGUGGAGUGGCAGUGGGAGUUCCCAAGAAAUGGGCGUCUUGGCCCCUUCGGCAUUUGGCCUCGAACAUGGACGACGUACCGGGCAAAAGAGUCGACAAGCACAAGAAGGACCAUAACAUGACCACUGGCGUUCGGUUCAAAGACUUGGCGGGGACGCAGGUCCUUUUGACGGGCGCUCACAUCGCGACCCUGGGCGGCUACCUCUACGACGGACUGGGAACUACAUGGGGCCAACGUGGAGAAGCUGCGUCACGUGGCAUCGUUGGUGUCAUCGUUAUCCACGCCAUGGGUCAUCUUGUGCGACUGGAACUUCCCCCUGAAGCCCUCUGGAGGCCAGGGUGGCUCAAUUUGGUGCAAGUGAAUAUCUUGGUUGCCGACGGCGUGGGGCACGCGUACACUGGUGGGCAAGGUACACUUAUCGACUACGUCGUGGCUUCAGGGCCCGCUCUGGAUUACCUGGAUCGGGCGCGCGCGGACGCAGAUUUGGUUGGAGAAGGUGGCAAGGCGCGCUUCUGGAGGCGAAGGAAACAGAAGGACGCGCUCCAGGACUUCCCAAGGCGCAAGGAGGACUGCAGCAAUAUGGCCAGCAGCCUGCAAAGGAUGGAGUGCUACUCGCAGUGCUUGGCUUCCUCGCAAUGGGCGGGGGGGCAGUGCAUAGGGGCGCCUGGGGAGCUAUGUCGACUGAUCAAAGAUAAGCCAGCAGCGACGGACGAGUUCGAGGACGGACCGAUCGCCUCCUCCGACCCGCUCAUGGCGAUGGACAUCAGAGCGAAGGUUUGGCGCGAGAGAUGGAGUGAUUCGCCUUUUGAUAUUGAGCCGGCGUCGCACCUUUUGCGCACUGCGCGCGGCAGUUUCAG